GCGGAAGGCGCCGCUCUUGGCCGUGGCGCCGCGGGCGCUGCGAGCAGUUACUUCCGGCCGGGUCUCAGCGCCGCUCGCGCGGCUGUGUGGGCUGCUGCUGCCGCUGGCUCUGCGGCGGGCGGCGGCGAUGGAGCGCCCGGGGCCCAGCGAAGGCGCUGAGACGUCGGGACCGGACCCGCAGCUGGCGGUCACCAUGGGCUUCACGGGAUUCGGGAAAAAAGCUCGUACAUUUGAUUUGGAAGCAAUGUUUGAACAGACUCGAAGAACAGCUGUGGAAAGAAGUCGGAAAACACUGGAGGCAAGAGAAAAAGAGGAAGAAAUGAACAGAGAGAAAGAAUUAAGAAGGCAAAAUGAAGAUAUUGAACCUACAUCUUCAGGCUCAAAUGUGGUCAGAGAUUGCUCUAAAUCAUCUUCCAGUGAUACAAGCAGUAGUGGAAGUGAAGAGAGUUCUGAUUCCUCUGAUGAUGAGUUGAUUGGCCCUCCUUUACCCCCUACCAUGGCAGAAGAACCUGUUGAUCGUAUGGAGCAAGCUAUUGGUCGUUUACCUCCACCUCUUCACGAGGAAGAGGAAGAUGGUGAUGAUGAUGAUGAUGAUGAUGAUGAUGGUGGUGAUUCAGAAGAGGAGGAAAAUCCUGUUCAAAAGAUCCCUGAUUCUCAUGAGAUAACGCUAAAGCAUGGCACUAAAACAGUUUCUGCUUUGGGUCUGGACCCCUCAGGUGCCCGCUUGGUGACUGGAGGAUAUGACUAUGAUGUUAAGUUUUGGGAUUUUGCUGGAAUGGACGCUUCUUUUAAGGCAUUUCGAUCGCUUCAACCCUGUGAAUGCCAUCAGAUCAAGUCAUUGCAGUAUAGUAACACAGGAGACAUGAUUCUUGUUGUAUCCGGAAGCUCUCAAGCCAAAGUGAUUGACAGAGAUGGUUUUGAAGUAAUGGAAUGUAUAAAAGGAGACCAGUAUAUUGUGGACAUGGCCAACACCAAGGGUCACACAGCAAUGCUUCAUACUGGCUCAUGGCAUCCCAAAAUAAAGGGAGAAUUUAUGACUUGCUCAAAUGAUGCGACUGUGAGGACAUGGGAAGUUGAAAAUCCAAAGAAACAAAAAAGUGUGUUUAAACCACGGACGAUGCAGGGUAAAAAAGUGAUUCCCACCACAUGCACAUACAGUAGAGAUGGAAACCUCAUAGCAGCUGCCUGCCAGAACGGAAGCAUACAGAUCUGGGACCGGAAUCUGACGGUUCAUCCUAAAUUCCACUACAAACAGGCUCAUGACCCAGGUACAGACACUUCUUGCGUGGCUUUUUCCUAUGAUGGUACUGUCCUUGCCUCUCGUGGAGGUGAUGAUACAUUAAAAUUAUGGGACAUCCGACAGUUUAAUAAGCCACUUUUUUCAGCCUCGGGUCUUCCCACCAUGUUUCCAAUGACUGACUGCUGUUUCAGUCCAGAUGAUAAACUCAUAGUAACCGGCACAUCUGUUCAAAGGGGAUGUGGCAGCGGCAAACUCGUUUUCUUUGAGCGCAGGACUUUCCAGAGGGUGUAUGAAAUAGACAUCACGGAUGCGAGUGUGGUCCGCUGCCUGUGGCAUCCAAAGCUGAACCAGAUCAUGGUGGGAACUGGAAACGGGCUGGCGAAAGUCUAUUAUGACCCCAACAAGAGUCAGAGGGGAGCAAAAUUAUGUGUGGUCAAAACCCAGCGGAAGGCGAAGCAAGCUGAGACUCUGACCCAGGACUACAUCAUCACCCCUCACGCCUUGCCGAUGUUCCGUGAGCCCCGCCAGCGGAGCACCAGGAAGCAGCUGGAGAAGGACAGACUGGACCCCCUGAAGUCGCACAAGCCCGAGCCUCCUGUGGCGGGCCCAGGUCGUGGCGGCCGGGUGGGAACCCACGGUGGCACCCUGUCCUCAUACAUCGUGAAGAACAUUGCUUUGGAUAAGACUGAUGACAGCAAUCCCCGGGAGGCCAUCCUGCGCCACGCCAAGGCCGCGGAGGACAACCCGUACUGGGUUUCUCCAGCCUAUUCCAAGACUCAGCCCAAAGCCAUGUUUGCACAAGUUGAAUCUGAUGAUGAGGAAGCAAAGAAUGAGCCAGAAUGGAAAAAACGUAAAAUCUGAAGAAUCUCAUAUGAGAGCUGUUUGCAUGAGGGGGAGCAUAUUGGACAGGUUUUUUUUAAUGCAAUGAAAAAUACAUUUUUUUGAACAGA